AUGGCCCCAUGGGUGCAAUCUUCAUCCGAUUCUGCACUCUUGGCAACAGCCAUGGCCCGCUUGGUCCUCAAUUUGUGGAAGCUGUACGAAGCAGUUACAUGUGCGAUGACAGCAGCAAUGGUGCAGGAGGCAGGAAGUAGUUCUUUACCCAUGCUAUCUUCCUACCUAUCAGACGUUCAUCAGAUGACACCAAGAUGA